AUUCCACGUGGUAGACACAGAUGAUGGUUGAUAGGUAAAUUAAAACUUUUCAGGGGUGGUGAUAUACCACAAAUUCACACUUUCACAAAAAUAAAUGAAAACACUGUAGAGAGGAGCGAGAAAUCCAUUAUGCGGAAGUGGAAAGGACGUGAAUUGAAGUUAAAUGUGCUGGCCCAAUGCAGCUAAUAUAAAAAUUUGUCCCAGAAGCUGUAUUUCAGUGCUAGCUCACAAAUAGAAAGGACACUCGAGCAUCCAGGCAGGUGAAAAACACUGUCUAAAAAGUCAACAGAUUAUUGAUUGAGUUAGCAUUGGGGGUGGGGUUGUAGUCAGCAAUGAGAGUCCGCGUUGGAUGACUGCUCUGUGCUGCUUUAAAGAGGUAAACACUGGGGGCCCCCAAGUUCAACUACUGUCCAUCUAAUAAUAGUGAGUUGUUUAGCAGCUAACAGAGCCAUAACCUCCUUUAAACCCGUUUCCAAUCUCUUUUUUUGCCUUGCACCCACCAAUUUGGUGACGUUCAGUACCUGGCCUCGGAGCUGUGAAGGCUAUGUGGUAUCAGUGCCCAGGCAAGGCAACGUCUGUACAGGAGAUGGAAAGAAGGAGGAAGGACUUCAAGGGUCUGGAAAGCAAAGAAAGGAAAAGGAAACACGGGGGAACUAUAAACGGAGACAUGCACAUUUAAAAAGAACAGGGGUUGGACUCAUCUGGCAACCCCUGCACCCCUGCAAACCCACAGGUCGUCUCAACAGAGGACUCCUGAGCUCAGAACUUUGGCACAUCCCAAGGCCAAGACAAGGCAACUGAGUCCUUUCCCAGAGCUGGGCAAGGGCUCCCCGUGACACAGCCGUGGGCAGAGGUUCCGUGUUGUGUGUUGGUGUCAGUUGCUCAUGGCAACCCUUCAGUUGCCUCUUGGGUCACCCACAGACCUGCAGGUUGGUGGCGGAUGGACUCCGCUCGGCAGGGGGAGCUGUGAAGAGUCAGUCUUGCUGCUUGGGAGACCAAGCCUGAGCAAAAGAGUUGACCAUGUUUCCCCACAGCAUGGAUAACAGCAGCGGUCCUUCUGUUCUCCCUACCUUAUUGCUCCCGCAGCAGAACAAGAGCUACCCCAAAACCUCCAUCCCUCCUGCUGGCUGCGAGAUGGCGGAGUCACCCAUAGGACCCAGCGCAAGCAGGAACCACACUGUCUUGCAGUAUGAGCUGAGGCCAGGGGAAAUUGCAGCAGCCAGCAUGGUUUUGGGAGUGUUGUGGCUGGUUUCCGUCUUUGGAAACUCCCUCGUUUGCUUAGUGAUCCACAGGAGCAGGAGGACACAAUCCACCACCAACUAUUUUGUUGUCUCCAUGGCUUGUGCAGACCUUCUCAUCAGUGUUGCAAGCGUGCCCUUCGUGCUGCUCCAGUUUAUCUGGGGCAGGUGGGCGCUGGGGAACGUGAUGUGCAAGCUGGUAAGGUACGUACAGUACCUCACCCCCGGAGCCCAGAUCUACGUGCUCCUCUCGAUAUGUGUGGAUCGAUUCUACACUAUCGUCUACCCCUUGAGCUUCAAAGUGUCCAGGGAGAAAGCCAAGAAAAUGAUUCUGGCCUCUUGGCUGUUUGACGCUGUCUUUGCAUCACCGGCUUUCUUCUUCUAUGGCUCCAACAGCGACGACCACUGCAACUUUUUUCUCCCCAGUUCUUGGGAAGGAGCCGUCUACAGUAUCAUCCACCUCUUGGUGGUGUUUUUGAUCCCCUCCAUGCUCAUUAUCCUCUUCUAUCAGAAAGUCAUCAAGUACAUUUGGAGAAUAGGCACCGAUGGCAUGACUGUCAGGAGGACAAUGAACAUCGUCCCAAGAACAAAGGUGAAAACCAUCAAGAUGUUCUUAAUGUUAAACUCCGUGUUUCUCCUGUCCUGGCUCCCUUUUUACGUGGUACAACUGUGGCACCCGCAGGAAACAGACUACAGAAAGAGCUCCUUGGUUUUCCUGGCCAUCACCUGGAUCUCUUUCAGUUCUUCAGCCUCUAAGCCAACCCUCUACUCCGUGUACAAUGCAAACUUCAGAAGAGGGAUGAAAGAAACGUGUUGCAUGUCCGCCAUGAAAUGCUACAGAAGCAACGCAUACACCAUCACCACCAGUUCCAGGAUAGCCAAAAAAAAUCACGUUGGGAUUGCAGAAAUCCCAGCUCCGGCCAAAACUGUCACCAAAGACUCCAUCUAUGAUGCUUUUAACAGAGAAGCAAAGGAAAAAAAGCUUGCCUGGCCUAUUCAGUCUAAUCCCCCAAAUACAUUUGUCUAGUUGGCUUCAUUGCUUUGAAAAAUUACGAUGUACCCCCUGAACAAGGAGCUUUCUCUGGGUUUUGAACCAAUGUAUAUAUACACGUUUUU